UCAGAACAGUCAAGAGCUUUCUCUCCAAAAUCCCCAGCGUUGUCACAGGUACUGACAUUGUGCAGUGGCUUAUGAAGAACCUUUCCAUUGAGGACCCAGUUGAAGCAAUACACUUGGGAAGCCUUAUCGCUGCCCAGGGUUACAUCUUCCCAAUCUCAGACCACGUUCUCACCAUGAAGGAUGAUGGCACCUUUUAUCGUUUCCAGGCUCCGUACUUCUGGCCUUCAAACUGCUGGGAACCUGAAAACACUGACUAUGCCAUUUAUCUUUGUAAGAGGACAAUGCAGAAUAAAGCAAGACUGGAACUGGCAGAUUAUGAAGCAGAAAACUUAGCGAGACUCCAGAGGGCCUUUGCAAGGAAGUGGGAAUUCAUCUUUAUGCAAGCAGAAGCACAAGUAAAGAUUGACCGGAAAAAGGACAAGACAGAAAGGAAAAUUCUGGAUAGUCAAGAACGAGCCUUUUGGGAUGUCCACAGGCCUGUGCCAGGCUGUGUGAACACAACAGAAAUGGAUAUCCGAAAAUGCCGACGUUUGAAGAAUCCACAAAAGGUUAAAAAGUCCGUGUAUGGCGUGACCGAAGAGUCCCAGUCACAGAGCCCCGUGCACGUACUCAGCCAGCCAAUCAGGAAAACUACAAAAGAGGAUAUCCGGAAACAGAUAACAUUUUUGAAUGCACAGAUCGACAGACAUUGUUUGAAAAUGUCCAAAGUGGCUGAAAGCUUAAUUGCCUACACAGAACAAUACACGGAAUAUGACCCUUUGAUAACACCAGCCGAGCCAUCCAACCCUUGGAUCAGUGAUGAUGUUGCCUUGUGGGACAUAGAGAUGAGCAAAGAGCCCAGCCAACAGCGGGUAAAAAGAUGGGGCUUCUCUUUCGAUGAGAUAUUGAAGGACCAGGUGGGACGGGACCAGUUUCUACGAUUCCUGGAGUCCGAAUUCAGUUCAGAAAACCUCAGGUUCUGGCUGGCUGUCCAAGAUCUUAAGAAACAGCCCCUACAGGAUGUGGCCAAGAGGGUAGAAGAAAUCUGGCAAGAGUUUCUGGCUCCAGGGGCUCCAAGUGCAAUCAACCUGGAUUCUCACAGCUAUGAGAUAACCAGUCAAAACGUCAAAGAUGGAGGGAGAUACACGUUUGAAGAUGCCCAGGAGCACAUCUACAAGCUGAUGAAAAGUGACAGCUAUGCCCGCUUCCUCCGGUCCAAUGCUUACCAGGACUUGCUGCUGGCCAAGAAGAAGCCAGAAAGUGAGCAAGGUCGUAGAACUUCCCUAGAAAAGUUCACUCGCAGUGUGUGCUGCUGGCGCAGAGUCAGAAUGGCCGCUGCAUUUCACCCCCGAGGUGGCUUCCUUCCAGCAGUGGGGAAAGUCGCUGGCGGGCAAGCGCCUCACGGGCCUGAUGCAGUCCUCCUGACCGUCCCCAGCGCAGGUCCAGGGCCCGGGCCCGCGGACCCCACGGGCAGCCGGCGGCGCUCCACCUCCGCGGACAGAGUUUCCUUACGGGGAGAUUUGGUCACUGUGAAGGAGAAAGAGUGAGGGCCAUGACGGGCGACGGUGGGGAGACCCGGUGGGUGAACGGGGAGGCCAGAAGGAAAAAGUCCACAGAGCCCGGCCCGGCGGCAGCGCCUGUCGACAGCCCUCUCUUCCUUGUACAGUUGUAUUCCAACACUCCACCCGCUAAGAGGCCCUGAUCCCAGCACAUUCAGGGCAGAACACGUCACAGGGUUCCUGUCGCAACUACCGCUGAGAUUAUAUCAUUAUCCUCACUCCCCCGCUGUCCGGGGGCGCUCACACCUUCUGGCAAGUUCAAGAGGGAUGAGUGGACCGAGAGCACAUCCAGUAUUAUGCAUCACCUCCCUGGCACCUCCCAUAGUCAGUCACCACGUCUGUAGAGCCACCCGGGUGUCACCGCCAGCACCACGCACCGCUUUCACGUAGAAUGUCCACAUCGCGUCUUCAGCAAGAAAGCAACCUCAUGGACUGCUGUACCUCCGGUUCUUCCCACCCUCUGAGGUCAGCGUUGGGAGAGGUCCCCACCAGCCUGGUGGCUGCCCUUGGGUCCCAUCAGAGGUCUCAAGGGUCCAGUGUUCGAGGAAGCACUGGUGUCGAUGACAGAGCUUGUCGUUUCACAGCUGCAGGGAUUCUGCUGACCAUCUUUUUAAAAAUUAUUUCAUAGUUUAUUCUGGUUUUGCCCCCUUGUCCCUUGGUUUAUUCCCUCAUGUUUUACUCAAAAUAAACAUGGCCAUGAACUCAGAGGCCAUUGGGAUUCUCCCCUCCGGCAGCCCCAGAUGGGAGCUGGGAGGGCCCCCAGCCUGGGAGGCGGCUGGAUUGCAGGGCUGGCAGCCCUCACGUGGUGGCAUCCUGACAGGCGUGGUGAGACCCCUGCUGGUUCAGGUCCCCUUUGUGUGUGAGCUAGGACAGAGCAUGCUAUGAUGGGACCAGGCCAGGCCACAGGGUUCUCCUCCCAGUCUUUUCUGAAGGCCCAGCAAAAGCACCCCCACUAAACCAGUUGCCCCUGGGAAUGCAAAAACCUGCGAAAGACCCACCUGUAUUCCCUCUUCGUGUGUCAAAACGACCAUUUUUCAACUCAGCUGUGAGGUAAUGUAUGUCAAGCACUGGGUCAGGUGCCUGACACACGGAGGUGCUUAGAAGUGGUAGCUAAUACUCUCAUCGUCAUUGUCGUUGUGAUGCCUAGGAGCCCUCAGACAGAGCUGUGUUAAGUAACCUGUUUUUGAAUCCAGACAUUCACUCCCCCACUUGCUAUGACUAUCCUCCUUUGAUCUAUUUUUGGCCAUAGGUUAAAAAAAAAAAAUUUCCCUUGGGAGCAUAUAAACAAAAAACAUAGAAGCAAUAAAGCGAUUGCUGGUAUUUCUUUUCUCAUGUAGCCAAAUUCACCAGCCGGUGACUACCGAAGGCUCAGAUGCUUGCUUAUUUGCAGACCCAGCCUCCUGGGUGCUCCCCAAUGACCCCUCUUUCCACCCUGCCACCUCUGAGUCUUGUCUAUGCCUGCUUCCACACAGCCCUGGCCCCAGGGCAGCAGCCUUCUGCCCUCACAGCAGUGCCACCAUGGGCAUUAGGAGUCUUCAUUAUGUCGUAUCCUUGUGAGUUCUUGACUACCAUGCCUCAGUUUCCCCCACUGGUAAUAGUUCCUCUCUUGGAGGUACAGUGGAAACUGGAGAGAUGACAGAUCUUGAAUCCUCAGUGCUGCUCUGUCUCCAGAGGCAGCAGUAUAGACCCAGAUUCUUGCUGGACACCUGCACAUGCUCAGCACAGAGGCUGGUACUUUGGAGGCACCACUCACCAGUAACCACUGGGUGAGUAAAUGAAUGCCAUGAAGUCCCAUUCCAAGUUAUAGGGUCUUUCGACACUCCCCUUUCAUCCCAUUUCUCUCUGCAUAAACCUCCUGUUUCAGAACAAAAUUGCAGUCUAAGUUCAUCUGCACCUAGCCUUGCCCAAGGAUCCCCAGGCUGUGCUGACCCCCAGGCAUAGGGCAAAGGGCAUUCCCAAGCAGCAGGCACCUCUGUGCCCUCAGUUAUCCAGGGCAAGGGGCCUGGCUGCCCCCUGCUUCUCCCCAUGGUGCAAGGGGCAUUCUAAGCCAGGCUGCAGACAGGGCAGGGUUGGCUUCUCGGCCAUUCCUUCUGGCCCCCUGUCUCCUUCUGACCGGUCUCAUCCUGGAGAUCCCCAGAGGAUCUGCCCAGAGCCAGGUAGACGGUGGCCCUGAGACGGAGCUGGCUGCAGGCUUCCAAGCACCUCUGGGGGCAUCCAGAGGGAAGGGUCAGUAAGCACAACAGAGCUAAGGAGACUUCAGAUGGGCUCAAACCCAGAGCAAUAACCACUCACACUACUCCCCAGCGAAGGCGCCCAUGCUCCCCAGCAGAUCAAGCCAGGGGCUUGCAAGAAGGGAGUAGGGCUAGGCUGCCGACCCAAGGUUCAUCUACCAUGCAGACCUUGGUCACGCGAGUACAUUUGGAAAAUCUAGUCUUGGCCCGUCCCCCUUUGGCCUGGUCUACACAGCCAAAACUUCAGACUAGAUUAGACGUCUGUAGGCAAUUCUGUGGCAAAGCAGAUUCCCCUGCCCAGCCCUGCCCGCUAGAAGCUGCCUUAGCCUCCCCGACUGGGUGUGGUCUCUGGACCUAGGACCCCUCCCUACGAGGAAAAGUGCUCUCCAGCCACAACUUGGCAGCACCACAGCCACAGCCACAGCGUCAGGGCAGCUGUAGCAAGUGACCACCCACUCGUCGGGUUAGAUACACCAGGCACUGGCAUCUGACUAAAAUAACCUCUCCCUACAUGGGAAGAGGAAAGCUUGUAGGUUGGCACAUAGAAAUGACCAGCCGAAGCCAGAUGGUCUGACCGAAGCAGCAGGAACUCUCCGGGCUGGAAAGGAGGCUCCUGCCCUUCCAGAAAGCGAAGCAUCAGCUUUGUUCUCCUGGGAAGGUAUUGCUGUACCCCAGGAACAAAGGAGGGCCCUACUGCCAGUGCAGUGAGCCGGGCCUGUGUUCCAGGCACACCACCACUGAGCAGUCAGCUGUCCGGCCAGCACCCUGGGAAGGGCCUCUCGCCACGGAGUUGCAGCUUGGACUAGCUAAACACGUAGGGACAUGCUCCAGGGGCUUCUUUCCUGGCAGGAUUCCCGGGAUGUUCAAACUACCUCACCAACAGGACACUGAACCGGGAGCCUGCCACCCACCUGGCCCCCUUGGUGAUUGUGGAAGAUGACGUUUUUCCUAAAAUACAUCCCUCCUGUUCUGCUCCAAAUACAUGAGCUUCAAAAACCACCACCAGGAAAGCCUUCCCAGAAGAAGGAAAGGAUUAAGGGCUCUUGGCCUUGGGGCCUUGCAGAAUAUAUUGGAGGGAGGUGUCGCUGCCAUGUCCAGGAGCUGGGAAGCUCUGGGCUCGGGGAGGGCAGAGGGAGGGAAAGAAUGUGUCACCAGCCUGGAAAAGGAGCUGCCCAAGUUGAAUAUGUAGCAAAGACCAUGGGAUAUGUUGAAUAGUGGCCAAAUGAAUCACUAAUAACUCACCAUGGGACCCUCUGAAGAGAGGCCUGUGCUCGUGUAACCAUGGCAACAGCAGAUGCCAGCAACCUACUCAUUAGUACCACCCAGUGAUAAGGCAUCCCCUGGGCUAGACCCAGGGGUCAUAAAGUAGCAAAGUAGCAAAUGUAGCAAUAAGGGGCCCAGGUCCAUGUGGGGACAGGGUCCAAAUGACCGGGCCCCGGCCCUCUCCCCAGCCCUGAUGAGGGCUCAGAGCCAGCUGCUGUCAGCUGUCUGGGGCGUGAAGUCCGCACCGGGCCCCCAUCCUAUACUCUAAGCCCACUCACUGCAUGAUCACGGAAACGUCGGAAUGGCCCCCUCUGAGUGCAUGUGGUUCUCAUUAGUUUAUUUUUUCUGGAAUUUGGGGAUUGGACCCCAGAACCAAACAUGCUGGUACUCUAAAAAUAAAUAACUUGAACCCACUUCAAUCCA